GCCCAGAAAUUAGGACAAGAACUGAAGAACUCCAAAGACAACGAUGGCGAGGUGGGCUGCCGGGCAACAGCGAGCUUUUCGAUGUUGACGGUUCUCCUGAGACUCACGACAGCAACCACGGCAGCGCCGAUGAUCAUAGCGAUUCCAAAUCUCGGGACCAUCUUCUUCUCUACCUUGGAUUGGACCUUUCGGCAUCAAUAAGAAAAUGGUUUUUUAUAAACCAAAGAUAGACAACUAUACCGUUAGCAUGGUUAGAUGCUUGGAAAUUGUUGCCUAGAUAGAGAGAUUUGAGAGAUGGAAGCUCACUGAAAGAUGUGAAGAUAUCUUUGUUCAACUGAUUGGAACUUAGAUAAAGAAUUUCUGAAUUC